AUGAAAGCAGCCACCCUAGGUACUACGCUAUCCAACCAAGUAUUGGAGGACGCCGAGUAUCAAGAACGAAUCGUCAGUAUGGGAGGUAAAAAGAACCGUCAUAAUCAGCGUCUGAUGAAGGCCGACAUCGUCAAGCGUUGGCAAGGCUACCUCCCGCCUCGCGAGAGGAUGCUGCGUUACGGUUGGAGGGACCUCAACCCGGCAAACGAUCUCACGGAAUCAGAGUUGGACCAUCAGAACAGGGAGAGGAUCGAGGCAGCAAAGGGAGCACAAGGUCGACCUCGCGUUGCUGAAGACCGCUUACGCCAGGCCAAAGAGCGUAAGGCUGACCAGGCCGCAAGGAAGGCAGCUCACGUGCAAUGGCGCCGCCAGCAGAAGCAACGAGCGGCCAUCCUGAGGGCCGAGAUGGAGGCAAGGGAUAACGAUCCCCCGGAGAAGUGUUCUGCCCCCGUCGGUGAAUAUCACCCCUUCGAACCCUUGACCGGGGGAUCUCUGCUGGCGAGGAAGAGGAAGCAGCUAAAUCAAUGGAAGAAAGCGAUCGCGCGUACUGGGAGGAACGAGGAGUGA